UCGAUGACGCUUACACUAAAUACGGCUCGUCACUUCCGGCCGAGAGAAAUGGCGGGUGACGGAGCCAGAAUGGCGGAUCUCGAGGAUGGAGAGCUGGAGUCUGAUCACGAGUCUGAUAUGCGGGAUGCUGCAGAGGAGCGAGUGCAGGUCUCAUCUUUUCAGAGCAGAGGUCCAUCUUCGAGCACCGCCUCCGUCACGGGAUACCGCAACUGCAAGAACCCCGGCUCCAGCGAGUCCGACUCCGACUCUGAGGACGAGGCCGUGCGCUGGAGGCAGAAGCGGCUCAAGUGUUCGAGUCUCCCAGUCCCGGUCCCGGUCCCGGUCCAGGCCGGCGCCGCUCGCAGGGUCAACAACAUCUGGGGCUCGGUGGUGCAGGAGCAGAGCCAGGAGGCGGUCGCAGCGGAGCUGGGCAUCCUGGGCAUGGAGGCGGGCGUCAGCAUGAGCAGUCGCCAGAGCGAGACCUAUAACUACGUCCUGGCCCGUAAGAUGAUGGAGAAGGAGCGUGGAGAGGAGGAGGAGGGCUUGAAGAGCAUGCUGGACGAGGAGCUGGAGGGGUACAUGCAGAGAGGAGGCGCACCGAGAGAGGAGUGUCUGAAGAGGAAGCGUUCGGCCAAGGAGAGGCUGGGCACACGGGCUGAGAUGGACAUCAAGGGGCGAUACGAGAUCACGGAGGACGACCCUGACGAGAAAGUGAUUGAUGAGAUCGCACACAGACUCAUGGAGCCAAAGAAGGAUCUAAUGGAGCGUGUGGUGAGAGUUAUCGGGAAAAAGAAAGCCAUCGAGCUUCUGUCGGAGACGGCAACAAUUGAGCAAACUGGAGGUCUCUACACUGUGGAUGGCAGUAGGAGACGGACACCUGGUGGAGUAUAUCUGAACUUGCUGAAGAACACACCCAGCAUCUCUGACGGGCAGGUGAAGGAGAUCUUUUAUGAGGAGAACCAGAAAGAGAACAACAGCAAAAAGGCUGCUAAGAAGCGACGGAAGCAAAUUGUAGCAAAGAAGAUGAAGCAAGCCAUCAACACGCUCAAUCUGCAGGAAGAGGACGACGUCUCGCGGGAAACCUUCGCGAGUGACACUGAAGAGGCGCUGGGGUCCCUGGAGGAGCCGGCGCUGGGCACAGAGGACAGCCAUGUGGUCUACAACACCUGUGACCUGGAGGUGUUCUGAUGCCCGGCAGGCCUGCUGCGCUCCAGUGCACCACCACUAACUCUCAGGAUGAAAGAAAACAUUUAAAUAGUCAGAGUGACUGUGGAAGACUGUUUUGAUUUUGUCCUAAUGUUCACGAAUAGCACUUGAGUUCCCUACAUCUUAAACUCUUUAGCUUGUUAGAAGACCAUCGGAAGUAGCCAAAGGUUGUACAGAUUUUCUAUCUUGGCUGGUUUAGAAUGAUGAUAAAUUGUAAUCCUUUUUCUGUC